UACAUGUCUCUCUCUCUCUCUAUCUAUCUGACACAGAGCACCACUCUCUUUUUCACAGUUUUUCACAAUUCCUCCAAAAUCAACACUCGCCAAACCCUUAAUCCUCCUGUCUCAAAUCAUCAUUCUCUCUCUCUCCCCCACAACCUUCUCCUUCCACAGAUUCCGCCAUUCCCAUUUCUCCCCACCCCCUAAAAAUCCAACCUUUCUCUCCGUCCGCUGCGGUUAGGGUUUCGCGGCGACCGGGCCCAAUUCUCGCCCCCCCUGUGAUGCUCCGGGCUCUGUCCUCCACUAUCGGAUUCGAUUGUCCCCAAUGUACGCCCACACUCACCACAUGAACCUGCCCAAGCCGAUUGCCGGCGACGAUGACGGCUCCGGGAACUCCGCCGGCGACUCCAUGGACAAUUCCCACAUCCGCUACGAGCCCCAGCCUCUCGACGACGGCGCCACCGCCGGGGCCGGCAUGGGCGGGAUGAUCGAGGACAUCCCGCCGGAUGCCGUCUAUGUCCCCGGCACCGGGGCGGACAUGGGGAUGGCCGGCGGGGAGGAGGCCAGCCAGCUCACGCUGUCGUUCCGAGGCCAGGUCUACGUGUUCGAUGCGGUCACGCCCAAAAAGGUUCAUGCUGUACUAUUACUGUUGGGGGGAUGUGAAUUAUCAUCUGGGACGCAGGGUGUGGACAUGGCUUUGCAGAAUCAACGGGGCGUUGUUGAGUUUCCUCCUCGGUGUAGUCUACCACAAAGGGCAGCUUCCUUGAAUAGGUUUCGUCAGAAGAGAAAAGAGAGGUGCUUUGACAAGAAAGUUAGAUACAGCGUGCGUCAAGAAGUUGCACUCAGGAUGCAGCGAAACAAGGGUCAAUUUACAUCAGCCAAGAAGUCCGAAGGGGAGUCUGGUUGGGGUUCAGCACAGGAUUCUGGACAAGAUGAGGCACCACAAGAAACAUCUUGUACGCAUUGUGGCACAAAUUCGAAAUGUACACCGAUGAUGCGGCGUGGGCCAUCAGGUCCAAGGUCUCUUUGCAAUGCUUGUGGUCUAUUUUGGGCAAACAGGGGGACCUUGAGGGACCUUUCCAAGAGAACCCAGGAUCAUUCUCUUACCUCAGUUGAACAGUGUGAAGGCGAGGUAAACAACUCGGAUUCUGGAACUGGCAUUCAUCCAAACAACAGUCUCGUUAGUUUCUCGAAAGCUGAAUCUGGAGCUUUGAUAGCUGAACGCUGAACCAAGUUUGGUUUGCAAGUUAUAGUGGACACUACUUGCUUCAAGGGUCAGUCAGGUGGGACGUGUCCAGUAAUUUUUUUCUGCUUGUGCUAUUAAAUGUACAGUUAUCGAACUGCUUGCAGAAUACAAAUCAUUUUACUGUUAUUCCUUACCUAUUUGCUCUUUGGAUGUACUAAUUAGGGGUACCUUACAAAUUAGCUCCUCUAGUUGCCCCAGAUCCAAAACACAUUUUUAGGUCCCCCAUCGGCUUGACAAUGAAAAGAUAUUUAAGAGUUUGUCUUA